AUGGAUCCAAUCGCCGUCAUUGGAUAUGGCGUAAAGCUGCCACAGGCCAUCGAUGAUGAUAUCGAGCUCUGGAAGACCCUGAAGAACGCUCAGAAUGUUAUGACUGAUUGGCCAGAGUCCCGCGCCACUAUUGACUCUUUUCACGACCCAUCCCACGUAAAGAUCAAUAUGCUAUAUGGCCGUGGCGCGCAUUUCUUAAAGGACGACCCAGCCGUAUUUGACGCACCGUUUUUUUCAAUUACUUCGAACGAAGCGAUAGCAAUGGAUCCUCAGCAACGUUGGGUCCUUGAGACGGCGUACCAUGCUUUCGAGAAUGCAGGCAUUCCGAUCCAAAGUUUGCGUGGCUCUAAUACUGCAGUCUUUGGUGCGUCAAUGUCAGAUGAUUACUCAAGAAUUCUUUCCAAGGACCCUGACAUGGCCCCUAGAAUGGCUGCUACUGGAAUUGAACCAUCUUGUCUGCCGAAUCGUGUGAGCUGGUAUUUCCAUCUCCGAGGACCCAGUGUGCUUAUCAACACGGCAUGCUCUGGGAGCUUGAUCGCUCUUGAUCAGGCAUGUCAAUCCAUGCACUGUGGUGACUCAUCUAUGGCCCUCGUUUUUGGUUCUAGCAUGCUCCUGAGCCCUGAGAGCUCAUUGAUGCUAGCGAACAUGAACUUCCUAUCGCCGGACAGCAAGUGUUACAGCUUUGAUCACAGAGCGAAUGGAUAUGGGAGAGGUGAGGGUGUUGUUGCCAUGGUACUGAAGCCACUUCGGCAGGCGCUCCGCGACGGCGACAUGAUUCGCGGCGUGUUGCGCGCAACAGGAGCAAACCAGGACGGCCGAACACCCGGCCUGACACAGCCAAGUGCUGAAGCCCAAGAGCUACUAAUCAGGCAUACCUACAGCAAGGCAGGGUUGUCUUUUAAGGAGACGAGAUAUAUCGAAGCGCAUGGCACAGGAACACCUACUGGGGAUCCCAUCGAAAUGAAAGCGAUUGGCAAAGUAUUUCGAAACUCUCGAUCGGCUAACGAGCCGCUACUUGUGGGAUCUAUCAAGGCGAACAUCGGCCAUCUGGAAGGCGCAAGCGGACUUGCCGGGCUGUUAAAGACGAUCCUUGUACUCGAAAAGGGGAUAAUUCCGCCCAAUGCUCUUUUCGAAAAGCUGAACCCAGCCAUUGACGCCGAGUUUUACCACUUGGCUAUCCCAACUAAGAGCACCCCGUGGCCAACGAGUGGCGUUCGUCGUGCGUCUGUCAACUCUUUCGGCUUCGGCGGAUCAAACGCGCAUGUAAUAGUGGACGACGCGCGCAGCUAUCUUCGAGACAAUUACCUACUCGGGUAUCAUAACUGCACAUCCCAAGACGCCGACGACGUAACCAUCCGGUCAGAUAGUUACUGCGAUCAAUCGCAGGCUUCAACCAUACAAUUACUCGUCUGGAGCGCUGCCGAUCGUGCCGCGAUUGGAAGAGUCCUCGAGUUGGCCCAGAACUACUACAAGGACUCGGUUUCUGGAAACUGGAAUCAAUUAAACAGGCUGGCAUACACUUUGGCGGUGCGUCGAAGCCACUUACCCUGGCGGUCGUUCGCCAUCAUGUCAGAUAUCGAUGCAUCUUCUCAGGAUUCAAUGCUUCUACACUCCAAGCCAAUUCGCGCUUCUAGCAAGAGAUUGGGCAUUGCUUUGGUUUUUUCCGGCCAAGGUGCACAGUAUCCCCGCAUGGGGGAGGGCUUGUUGGCCUAUCCUAUCUACAAGCGAACGCUCGACCGUGCAGACACGGUUUUCUCGGGACUGGGGUGCCCGUUCUCGCUGUUCGAUGUUUUGGAAGACGAGAAACGGAUUUACUAUCCAGAAGUGAGCCAACCUCUGUGUACUGCUAUUCAAUUAGCACUGGUCGAGCUUCUUCAAAGCUUUGGCGUCAAACCUACCGCCGUUGCUGGCCACUCAUCAGGUGAGAUCGCGGCUGCAUAUACCGUCGGAGCCCUAUCAUUCGAAUCAGCCUGCAAGGUAGCAUACUAUCGCGGCAAAUUUGCCCAGAUCCUCAAAGGCCAAGCGCAGAGAGGCGCAAUGCUGGCAGUGAACCUUACAACUCACAACGUUCAGAACUACUUGAACUCUACUGAAGGACUUGCGCCAGGUUCAGUACACAUCGCAUGUGUCAACAGUCCCCUAAGUCACACGUUGUCUGGUGACGAAGAAGCAAUCGAGAAAAUCAAGACUAGACUGGACCAUGAGGGCAUAUUUGCUCAAAAGCUCAAUACCGGGGUAGCGUACCAUUCCCCCGCUAUGGGCGUCAUCUCCCAUCAGUACCUAUGCCAUAUGGGAUCUCUGAGUACUGGUUCUCUCAAUAAUCGGAUCACAGUGGUCUCGUCUGUUACAGGUGCCGUCGUGGCACCGGAGGCCAUGUCAACGGCCAAGUACUGGGUUGACAACUUGGUCUCCCCAGUGCAGUUCGCAGACGCAGUGGUAGCAAUGCUAAAUCCUACGAACCUCAAAGUUGGAGCUGACGCUGUCACUGAUGUUCUUGAAGUUGGUCCCCAUGCUACCCUGCGUCGUCCAGUCCUCGACAUCGUGUCAGCAGUGGCGGCAGAGGAGCCAGUCCAAUACCACUCCACGCUACAUCGCUCAAAACCGGCACUGCAGUCAUCUAUCAACGUAAUGGGACACUUGUUCUGCCAAGGUUACCCAGUCUUGGUAGAUGUUAUAAACGGGCGCGGGCCAACUUCUAGGAUGGUUCCGCUAGUUGAAUGUCCUUUGUAUCCAUUUGACCACUCACGGAGAUAUUGGGCUGAGUCACGCUUAAGCAGGGAUUUCCGUCUACGGUCGCCCUCUGUCGGGUAUCUUCUCGGUAGGCCUUCUCAUGACUGGAAUGCACUUCGCCCUACAUUCCGAAACUGGUUGAGCGUUGAGUCAACUCCGUGGCUUGGGGACCACGUCAUCAGUGGCCUGACAAUAUGCCCUGGUGCUGGCAUGAUAGUCAUGGCUAUCGAAGCGGUGCAAUGGGUACAAGGGCUGAGUUUGCGUGCAAGCGACAUUGCGGGCUUCUUGAUAAACAAGGCGGUUUUCAUUAGUCCCAUUCAAAUCGCCAAGGAUGCUUUGAACCCCACAGAAACCUAUCUCUACCUGCAGCAGGCGGACAAGAGGGGCGAAGAGAGAUCGGACCGCUACACGGUAUCUUUAUUCUCAUAUCACGAUGCACAGUGGGCUGAGUGCUUUCAUGCCGAGGUACAAGUCCAGUAUAAUGAGAAAACGGCAUCUCCAAUCGACGGCGGCCGUGAGAGUCAAUUGAAAUCAAAGCGCGUGCUGGAUGCAUACAAAGAUGCAGAAGCUUCAUCAUCAGUGUCCAUACACUCAGAACUUUUCUACGACUUCCUAAGAGGGAAGGGAUUACAUUACGGACAAUCGUUUCGCCUCCUCCGCAAUAUCCAUUGGGACACCCAUGAUACCUCCACGGCUAGCAUAGCUGUGCCGGCGGUUUCCAACUGUGUUCGCGGUAGCCCCGUACACCCGGCUCAGCUGGACGCUGCGGUUCACCUAAUCCUGGCACAAGUCUCUCAGGGCAUGACCAGCAAAAUGCCGACCCUUGUCCCACAGCAGCUCACCAAUGCUUGGAUUUCAGCUACCCCAUGGAAUACGGUCGACGGUAGUCGAGUUGACGUGGUUUCUGUUGUACAGCAGAAAACUAUCCGUGGUAUCCAGGGGUCUAUUGCCGUUCUGGCUCCUGAUGGUAACCCUCUUCUGUCGGUCGAAGAAAUGGCUAUGGUUCCCGUUUCGGGGAUUGAUGAUGUAGAUGCCGUUGACUCCAGGAGCGAACCCAGAAAGAUUUACCAGAUCCAAUGGAAGCAACAGCUCAGCUCACUGAAUCCUGUCGAGCUUCAGUAUUCUAGCGACGUCACAGACUCCGCCCCCCCUGCGAUACAUUCACCUGGUUUGGAUAUGGAGUCUAUCAACUCUUUCAUGUUUAAAGCUGCUAAGCAUGCUGUCCACGUAUCUUGUAGGGAGGAUGGAAAAGGAACGGCUUUGCCACCUCAUUUACAUCGCUUUCGAAGAUACAUGCAACAGAUAUCCAAUUUAGACUUAUAUCAGGACAUCGAUGACUGGGAACAGACUGCAUCGUGUUUUGCCCAAGUGGCGCAAGCAUCGCCGGCAAUGCGACUCUUUGCAUCGGUCGGGCAGAACCUGCCUUUGAUACUAGACGGCAAGUUCAAUGCCUUGGAACUGAUUUUCUCAGCUGAUGUCGAACGGUUCUACGACGGUGUUUUUACUGAGCUUUGCGACCAUCGUUUCAAAAAUUUCAUCGAGCUUGCUUCGCAUGAGAACCCCGGUCUCCGUAUCCUCGAAGUUGGCGCAGGCACUGGCGGUAUGACACAUCAAGUGUUGUCUGCUCUACAUGAGCAAGAACAGCGAACAGGGUGUCCUAGUUUCGUUAACUACACUUACACCGACAUAUCCCCGGUAUUCUUUGAAACAGCCAAGUCCAAGUUCUCUAGCUUUAUCGACCGUCUUGUAUUUAAGAAACUUGAUCUUGAACAAAACCCGUCGAAUCAAGGAUUUGAAGCUGGUGGGUAUGAUCUGGUUAUAGCUGGCUCUGUCCUCCACGCUACGACUCGACUAGAGGCGACCUUGGCGCGAGUCAGAUCUUUGCUUCGAUCAGGUGGCCAUCUUGUAAUGAUAGAGAUUACAUCUACAGCGAGCCUAUGGGCCAACCUUUGCUGGGGAGCACUACCCGGCUGGUGGCUUUCAGAAGAGAGUUGGCGCCAAGACGGACCACUCGUCGAUCAAGAUACAUGGAAUAAACUACUCCUUCAAGCCGGAUUUUCAGGACUCGAAAUGAAUUUUGGAUUGGAGUACGGGGUUAGUUUUCUCACAUCGAAAGCCAUCAAGCUUGAGAAAGUUUCUGCCAUCUCUUCUUUUGGUCCUGCAGAUCGCCGUUUAGUGCUUCUUAUUACCCGAUCCAGCGACGAGCAGGUAGCCGUAGCCGAUAGUAUAUCGGAAAAGCGGAACAAUACCAAGAUCUUCUUCAUUGACUGCCUUCUAGAUGAAUUGACGACAGAUAGCGACAUGGUAGUCUCUCUUCUUGAAAUUGGCAACUCGUCGCUCGCGGCACUUACCGAAUAUCACUUUCUAGCCCUCCAAAAGUUGAUGAUAGCUGUUCAGGACUUGCUCUGGGUCUCCACAUCAACGCCGAUGGCAGAGAAUAGUCCAAUACCUUGUCCCUAUGAAGGUAUCUCAACUGGACUACUCCGUGUCCUUCGUUCCGAACACCCUACCAAGCACAUUGUAUCUCUCGUUAUCGAGCCUGCGCGAGACGACACCUGCGCGAAGGCAUGGGGCCCAACAAUGCUUGAAUCGUAUAUCAAACAGAUAAUGCGCAAAUGCUUCGAGGGCCUGGAGCAAUCGGCUGACUCGGAAUUCAUUGUCCGAAAUGGGAGGCUGCAUAUUGGGCGCUUGGCACAUGUGGCAGAUCUCGAAGAUGAGGUCCGAUCCUAUAUCAAACCUCGAGUGAUGAACGAGCCUUGGGGCCAGGGGCCAGCUUUGUCUUUAAUGGCUUCUACACCAGGACUCAUAGACACAUUGCGGUUUGUUGAGGACAUACAACAUAAAAAGCUAAUAGGUCCCCAAGAAGUUGAGAUCAAGGCAAAGGCAUGGCCUAUCUCCUUUAGAGAUGUCUUCAUCGCUCUAGGACGUUUAGGUACCGAGGGGCUCGGCUUUGAGUGUGCUGGAACGGUUACUCGUGCCGGAGCUGACACGGAUUUCCAGCCAGGAGAACGCGUCUGCAUGGUAGUACCAGGUUGUAUGCGUACAUAUCCACGAGCGCAUGCUAGAUCCGUUUUCAGGAUACCUGAUACUAUGUCGUUCGAUGAUGUUGUCGCGGCCCUGAACCCUGGAAUGACGGCUUAUCAAGCUUUAGUUAACACGGCACGCAUUAAAAGGAGCGAUAAAGUUCUGAUACACUCUGCGGCGGGUAGCACCGGUCAGAUGGCUAUAUGGCUCGCUAAACAAGUCGGUGCUGAGAUUUUCGCAACCGUCGGCCAUGAGCAAAAGAAGCAACUUCUCAUGAACACAUUCGCUAUCCCAGAUAAUCACAUAUUCUAUAGCAGAGAUACCUCUUUCGCGGCCGGAAUCAUGCGUGUUACGAACGGCUAUGGGGUUGACGUGGUUCUUAACUCACUUUCUGGAGACAAGCUUCAAGCAACGUGGUCGUGCAUUGCACCCUACGGCCGCUUCAUUGAGAUCGGCAAGAUGGAUAUCAAAAACAACGCGUCCCUCCCGAUGGCGUACUUCGCAAAAAACGUGUCAUUCUCGGCAAUCGACUUGUACCACAUCGCACAAACCGACCACGAGCUAACCCACGAUCUAGCACAAGCUAUAAUUAACAUAGUCGCACGAGGCAAGGCAGCAUGCCCGCAGCCCUUGCACACCUAUUCGAUAACUAAUAUCGAGCAAGCCUUUAGAUUCAUGCAAAGCGGCCGGAAUACCGGACGUAUCAUGAUCCACGUCAAACCAGAACACCUAGUAACGAAAUUCAUCACUAAGAAAGCUACAUGGCGUUUAGAUCCCUCUGCAGUCUACGUUGUUUCGGGUGGACUAGGUGGUUUGGGCCGUGAGAUCUGCCGAUGGAUGUGCGCCCGCGGCGCGAGAAAGCUCCUCGUACCAUCUCGCUCAGGAGCCUCGUCUCAGGGUGCGGCAAGCCUUGUGGCGGAGCUAGAGCGCAACAACAUAGACAUCAAAAUCUCGAAGUGCGACGUCGGAUCUCCAGAUGACCUUGCAGCACUCCUUCAAGAAUGCGAAAAUGAGGGUUUCGCGCCCAUCAAGGGGUGCAUUAAUGCUUCAAUGGCCCUCCAUGAUGCCGUCUUCGAAAGCAUGACCCACGAUCAAUGGGAUACGACAAUACGGUCAAAAGUGAGUUCGUCGUGGAAUUUACACUCCCAACUUCCCCAUGACUUGGACUUCUUUGUCUUGCUGUCGUCGCUAGCAGGCAUAUACGGUAGUCUGGCACAAAGCAACUACGCCGCUGGAUGUACGUUUCAAGAUGCGCUUGCACAUAGCCGAACGGUUCACGGCAUUGGUAAAACCUCCGUCAGUCUGGAUCUAGGCUGGGUUAGGGACGUAGGGAUUGUCGCAGAGCAUGAGGAGUACCGGCUGAACCGCAGCCAUGCCCGAGAUAUGAAGCCCAUCGAUGCGGCAGAGGUCCUCGCACUUCUAGAUAUCUACUGCGACCCCGAAGCAGCUCCUCAGAAACCAUAUGUUGCUCACAGCCAAGUGCUGCUCGGCGCGGUCACACCUUUGGACACGUAUCGCGAAGGUCGGCCUCCGGCCGUGUUCGAAACAAAUCCGCUCUUCUCAGGCUUCGUUGCGGCGACCAAUCUAGAAAAGAAAAGCACUGGAUUAUCAGUUUCAGCUGACGGAGACGACACGAGGAUGCUAUUCCAACAGGCGACAGAAGCCAGCGUCCGUAUGGGCAUCGUUGAGAGGGCGUUGAAGGGCAAUCUAGCUCGCGCCUUGGCAGUGUCCAUUGAAGAAGUAGAUAGUCACCGGCCGCUAUCGCAUUCUGGUGUCGACUCCUUGGUGGCAUUAGAGCUGCGCAAUUGGAUCCGUCAUGAUUUCCAGGCGACAGUGGCUGUGUUCGAAAUAAUGAAUAAUGAAACCUCAGUCAUGGCAUUAAGCAAGAUGGUUGUGGAAAGGACAGAGAAUAGGGGCUAGCGCAAAUGGUGACUUCAUGUGUCUUCGGCGCUGCUCGGUCACCGGUCAUCUAGGUAUUAUGAUGGGGCAACCCCAUACGAUUUAGAAAGUUUAUUCGAACCUCUGGCGGUCCUGAUAGGGACUCAAGUGUAUUCCCGAUAUAAGCUAUCCUGUAUGAGCGCUAUCCAUGUAACCGUCACUCACUGCAGGCCUAGAUGUACGAAUUCUCCGAUCCGCUGCAGC